AUGCCACCAACCACGACCACCAUCCACCACCACUACUACCCACCCACCACCACCACCCACCUCCACCAGCCAUCACUACCACUCAUCCACCACUACCACUACCACCCACCACCUACCAUUAUGACCACCACCCGCCACUACCACCAACCACCACCCAUCACCACCACCCGCCACCACCUCCCACCAGCACCCCCACCCACCUAUCACCACCACCCGCCUCCACCACCCUUACCCACCACCCACCAAGACCAUCACCACGCACCGCCACCACCACCACACACCACCCAUUACCACCACCCCUCACUACCACCCCACCCAAUAUAUGCCAAAACCACCAUACACCACCAUCACCAUCCGUUGGUACCACCCAUACCACCAACCCCCACUAGCACCACCCACCUACCACCGAUCACCACCACCCAUCACCACGGCCCGCCACCGCCACCACAACCCCUAUCACUACCUACCACAUCACAUGCCACCACGACCUACCAACGCCACUACCACCUAUCACCUACCACCACCACACGCCACCAACCAUCACCACCACCCAUCAACACCAACCCAUCAACAUCACCACCACCGACCCACCCACUACCUAAUAUAAACACCAUCCCCCACCACCACCCACUAACCCACCUAUCACCCCAACCACCUUUCACCACAAGCACCACCCACUACCUACAACCACCAACACUAAUAUGA